AUGCCAGAUUAUCUCAGCAUCAAGGACAAUAUCUUUACACACGUGGGUUUUAAUAAACUUAGAGGAUCGCUAAAGAAUGGUGAAAAAACUCUACUGGAAAUGCUUAAGAAAAAGGUGGAGCAUAGCCCAACAAGUAAAAUUUUUGGAACUAUCAACAAGGAAGGCCAGAUCGAUUAUAUAGACUAUCAAACAAUGGACCGCAGGGCUAGAAGAUUUGCAGUAUUUCUCGAAACGAUUACAAAAGAAAGAGAAAUAGUUGGUAUCGCAUCUGUUAGUAGAGUGGAGUGGCUUAUUACUGAAUAUGCCACAUACUAUGCCAACUGCAUAAAUGCUCCCGUGUAUAGCACUUUUACUCCGCCCACUCUUGCUUCUCUCAUCAAUAUGACUAAGAUGAACAUUAUAGUUGCAUCUUUAGAGGCUGCCAGAGAGCUUGUUGGAAAGGUUUAUGAUCUUUGUGAGACACAUAAGUUUAAGCACAUUAUUCUGAUGGAUGACUCGCAAGAGUUAGUUGAAAUGUGUCAAAAGAAAGGUAUUAAUGUGUCGGUUCUGUCAAAUAUUGUAAAUAAUAACAUUUCUGAUUCCUCACUUGCCAAAAAUCCAAUAAUUAACGAUACGCCGACGCGCCCAUCUCCAAAAUAUAAUGAUCUCGCCAGUAUAUGUUUUACUAGCGGAACCAGUGGAGACCCCAAGGGUGUUGAGCUCACCCAUUCAAACUUCAUUGCACAAUUAGAGGCUUUUCAAAUAGGAUCUAGGUUUUACGAUAUUGUGGAGAUCACUCAAAACGAUGCCUAUAUUUCGUAUUUACCACUAGCACAUGUUUUUGAAAGGAUCUGUGUCUGUAUUUGUAUUUUAGAGGGAUGUAGAAUAGGCUUUUACCGUGGCAGCCGUGAAAAAUUAGCGGAGGAUUACAAGAUUAUUAAACCCACAUUUGUGGCUGUUGUGCCUAAAGUUCUCAAGCUUUUUCGCGACACCAUUGAAAAGAAAGUUAUGGAAAGAAGAUGGUACCAGAGAGCGUUCUUCAGGAUUGGGAUGGCAUAUAAGAUUUUUCUGCAACGAUUUGGUAUCUAUAAAAGCUGGAUCUGGGAUGCUGUUCUGUUUGGAAAAAUUGCUAACCUUUUUGGUGGCCAGAUUCGUUCUUGUUUGUGCGGUGGUGCAGCAGUUAAUCCUGACCUGAUCAAAUACAUGCAAGCUAUACUCUCUGCAAAUAUCUUCCAGGGAUAUGGACAAACAGAAGGACUUGGGGCCAAUCUGUUGAGUGUUUUUUCCUCCACCGAUGUUGCUUCUGUCGGGAUUCCCUUUAUUUCUACAAUGAUUAAACUUGAGGAUCUGCCCGAAGAAUAUCCAAGGAGCUACAAGAAGCUUCUGAUGAACGGACCAGCAAUAUCGAGAGGGUAUUUUAAUCAAAAGAAGAGAGGAGAUAAUGAGUGGCUUGAUACUGGAGAUGUUGUAAAGUUUGAAAAUAAUCGGUUUUAUAUUCUCGGUCGUUAUAAAGACCAGAUUAAGAUUGGCAAUGGAGAAUAUAUUGAUCCUGAGACUCUUGAGAAUUAUCUGCUAGAAGAGGUCAAAGAUAUUGACAAUAUCUACAUUACAAUUAAGCCAGGACAGAUUGAUCUGAUUGCGUUAGUUGUUUGUAAAAUGACUAAGACUGAAGAGACCAAAAACAAUGAGGAAACUGUUGCAUGCUGGAUUCAGAGUGCUCUUGACCAUCUCAAAAAUGAAGGAAAGAUUGGCAAGUUUGUAUCUAUCCAUCACUUUGUACUUAUUGAUCAGGAUUUCAGUGAAGUUAAAUCUGAGAGUGGGCUGGUCACUGCCUCUAUGAAAAAAAGACGAGUGUUGAUUGAUAGGCACUUUUCUCACGAAAUUGAUGAGGCAUACCGGAAAAAAUAUUAA